AUGAAUGACCAAGAAGAUGACCAGGGUAUACAUCCUUCAAAAUUCUUUAUUUUACAGCCAAACCACAAUCGCCCUUCUCACAUUCAAUUUAUGCAAUGCUUGUUUAUAGAAGUUUGUAGAGUAUGUAGGUGCGAGGCUACAGAGGAAGAGCCUCUGUUUUACCCUUGUAAAUGUUCAGGAAGCAUUCGAUAUGUACAUCAAAAUUGCCCCAAGAUCUUAUACAAUUCGAAUACAGUGUAUCAGCCAGAUAUGCCGGCCACAAUCCCAUUCAAAAUACUUUUACGGCAGGUCCUAAAAAAAGCCUUCAUCCACCUUUGUUUCUCUGCAAGAUUCUUGUUUGUCUCGAUUAUCUGGUUCAUUGUAUUGCCUUAUUGCACUGUCUGGGCGACUCGAUUCUGCUUGUGGACAGGCCCUAAAUAUUCUGCUGUCUUGGAACAAUUAAUAGGCGAAGGAGUAUCCCCAGAAACACAACAAACCGUAAAUACAAUUGCUCAGUCUAUAGCAUCCGCUACUUCAUCAACCUUACAAACACUACAAACCCAAACCCCAGAUCUACCUUCAAAUACCACAGCGCCUAUUAAUGAUAUAAGCACAAAUCUACCAACCUAUCCAUGGUUGAAGAUCAUAUUUUUUGUGGUUAGCUGGUUUGAUAAUAGACCAUACGUUAGAAAGUUUUUUAUGGACUGCUCCGAGGGUCAGUCACUUGUAUUUUACCUAUCCACAGUGACAUUUAUUGGAUUCAUGGCACGAAACUGGGUUUUAGAAAACAUGCCUGUUGAUAUAGAUCAAAUCCCAGAAAAUUUAGAAGAUGAAGAAUUGGAACAAAACGAAGACGCACAAGUUAGGAACUGGAUACUUCGUAUGGGGGCACAGGUCGAAAUACCAGAAGUUAGACAGCCAGAGCUUCUACAACAAGACCAAGAGCCUAUAAUAGCUGUUGCACAGAAUCUACAGCAUCAAUUCCCAUUACAAGAUCAAGUACGAAAUAUCGAUAACAUUCCACAGGACAUCAAUCAAGCUGAUCCUGUUAUACAACAACGACCAAUAGAAGAGCCUGAGCGUUUAGAAAAUGUCAGAAAUCGAAACGAAGGUGUAUUCAACGAAGAAAACGCUAUUGGAGAACUAUUUGGGAUCUUAGAUAUCAACGGACCAUUGGCCAACUUCUUGAAGAACGUAACUAUUCUACUCGUAUCAAUCUUAGUUAUACUUGUGGUAUCAGUUUGGGUACCUUACUUGGUUGGGAUCACAUUCAUUCUGUCUAAUCCUAUAGAUAUGGUACAUCAUGCUUUUAAAGAAAUGCGAUUCCUAUAUGACAUUAUAAGGCACGGAGUCUACGUUGGAUGGAAUACAUAUUUUGACCCAGCCGUUAAGCAUUUAUAUCAACCUUACUUUGAAGCUCAAUCUGGAAAUAGUCCUUCUUUGAGCGUUGGCCCAUUGAUUGAGGAGACUCUUGGAGAAUUUUGGCGUCAUCUGCCUAUAUUCAAUCAGAUACCUACAAGCACAAUCAUAUCGAAUAUUCCAACUCCCGUGGCAAAGCUCCUUCAAGAGAAUGCCAGUUUGACUGACACUUUACACCACAUGAGCCACCAGUUCUCUAGAUUGCAAAUUCAUUUUCACAACGCAGCUUUUGGAAGCUCCCAGUAUGAUCAAUUGCUUUGUAUUGCAAUCGGUCAUUUUGUUUUUCUUUUGGGCGCCCUUAUUUAUCUCUCCCAAAAGAGCAAUGUGAUUGGAAGAAUCGGUCACGGAAUCAAAAUAUUCUUGCGACAACAGGUGGUUGUUUUUAAGUUGAUUAUUUUCCUCUUUCUAGAAAUGGUCGCCUUUCCUUGUGUGUGUGGCAUUGCACUCAAUAUGUCGAUGGCACCAUAUAUUUCUUCACCCCCCUUAGGACUGCGAUGGAUGUUGAUAAAAUCCCACCCUGUACAAUACUUUGAGAUUCAUUGGUUUGCAGGAUUUUCGAUCAUUCUCGGCUUGACACGAAUAGUUCUGUGGUUUCAAAAGGUCAUCCGGCCAGGUGCUGCCUGGUUUAUCGAAAGCUUUGCAAACCGAGAACUAAAUCUUUUUCGAGAAAUUCCUGAAAGAUCUAUUAUAGCCCAAUUGUGUAAAAGUAUCGCAGAACUUUUUUUCAGUUCCAUAUUGAUCUUCUCCAGCAUUGGCGGUACAUUGUGGUGUAUUCGUAAUACAACAAACAUAUUGCCUUUGAGAUGGAGACUAAAUGAUAAUUUGCCUAAUUCCGAAAGUUGCCUUAUUCUCCUGAUGUACACUACUAUCCCACAUAUUCUGACAUACUAUCAAACAAAGAAGACUCUUCAAACGGGCUGCAAGAAAGCUUUGGAAUUAGUCUGUAAUCGUCUCAGAUUGACAUCAUAUAUGCUCGGAAAUCGUAUACCUGAAGAAGAAGGUACACCAUUCUACACCAGCUGGCUUGGAUGGGUUAGUGGAAAUAUCGAGAUGCUUGAUAAGGAUGGUCAGCUUGCUUUGGUUCCAAAGCGCAACACCGUAAAAUGGGUUCAAGGUCGCCGUAUGCUUGUACCUGUCGAUCCGGAUACAUUACAACCUUUAGACCCUGAAGAACGCCGACUAGGUCAUCCAGCUGAAUCCGGCCCAGGUGGACGUGAAGUCAACACAACUAUUGUCUACCUUCCGCCUGAUUUUAAAACCAGAAUCGCGAUGUUUUUGUUUGCUCUCUGGAUAUCUAUAGUUGUGGCUGCUUUUUCGUUUACAUUAGGGCCUAUAGCUCUCGGAUACUUUGUGCUUAUAAAAUGCUUAAGGCUCAGUCAUGAUGACCGUAAUGAUGUGUACUCUUAUUGCACCGGAGCUGUUGUUAUCCUGGUACUCGGUGUCCUAGUAAGAAAGGCUAUCUGUAUCAUCCAUUCGCUGAGAAACCGGGAAAACCAGUCCAGUAUCUUGGAGCUAAUAAAUUUAGCGAUUUAUGAUACAGCUCGAUGGGUUGUUAAGGUGUCUUUUCUUGGUUUAAAUUGCUGCGUCAUUUUCCCUAUUCUGAUAGGAAUUAUCCUCGAGCUUUAUACUCAUAUUUAUUGGACACCUAUUGGGUCUAUGGAAUAUAGAGUACCCCUUUUGACGUUAAUGGAACGCGGUCUUGGAUUGUUGGUUGUUGUAAAGCAUAUACACACUAAAGCGCCAUACGAACCUUGGCAAAGAAACUGGAGUGCGAUGCUUCCUACCGAUGAUGUCCGACACCUUGAUAUUUCAUACGCUUUGAAACGAGUGUUUGGUCCAUUGAUCCUUAUAUGUGUUGCACUUAUAGCAGUACCAUUUUUUGCUGAUGAUUUGGCAUCACGUUUGUUCGGCUACACAAGGCAAGAUAGCACAACUCAGUGGUCAUAUUCAAUUUCUUUGAUCUGCAUUAUCAUGUUUUUUAUCCUCCGGAAGAUGGCUCAAGGUGUAAUGGUCUGGAUACGUUCUACAAGAGAAGAUGUCUUUAUGCUUAGAAGAGACUUGAACAACUUUGAUGGAAAUCAACAGGGGAUUGGACACUAG